AUGCCAAGAGAAAUCAUCACCAUCCAAGCCGGCCAGUGCGGCAACAACGUCGGAAGCCAAUUCUGGCAGCAGCUGUGCCAGGAGCAUGGAAUCAGCGCAGAUGGAAACCUAGCGGAUUACGCGACAGAAGGCGGUGAUCGCAAGGAUGUGUUCUUUUAUCAGGUACUCAAUGGUAUCCAGACCGGUCCAUACAAAAACAUCUACAACCCUGAGAACUUCUUCAUCGGGCAGCAAGGUAUCGGAGCUGGAAACAACUGGGGAGCAGGAUAUGCAGCCGGCGAGGGUAUCUCCGAGGAGAUUUUCGACAUGAUCGACCGAGAAGCAGACGGAAGUGACUCGUUGGAAGGCUUCAUGCUUCUUCACUCGAUCGCUGGAGGUACAGGCUCAGGGCUGGGCAGUUUCAUUCUAGAACGCAUGAACGAUCGCUUCCCCAAGAAGCUCAUCCAGACCUACUCCGUCUUCCCUGAUACGCAAAACCCCGAUGUGGUUGUCAGCCCUUACAACAGCUUGCUCGCCAUGCGACGAUUAACUCAAGACGCGGACUCCGUGGUUGUCCUGGACAAUGGCGCUCUAUCACGAAUUGUGGCUGACCGACUUCAUGUGCAAGAGCCCUCAUUCCAUCAAACCAACCAGCUGGUGUCGACGGUCAUCCAUUUCCUUCUCACAUCCUACACUCCCUUCACUGGCGCCAACAUUGACCAAGCCCGGACAAUCCGCAAAACGACCGUCUUGGAUGUGAUGCGUCGUCUCUUACAGCCCAAGAACCGGAUGGUCUCCAUCAACCCCAGCAAGUCCAGUUGCUACAUCAGUAUCCUGAAUAUCAUCCAAGGUGAAGCCGACCCGACCGACGUGCACAAGUCCCUCCUGCGGAUUCGCGAACGUCGUCUUGCUUCUUUCAUCCCAUGGGGUCCCGCCAGUAUCCAAGUGGCCCUGACCAAGAAAUCUCCCUACAUCUCGGAUGCCGGCCACCGCGUCAGCGGUCUCAUGCUAGCCAAUCACACGUCUGUGGCCACCCUCUUCAAGCGCAUCGUCCACCAAUAUGACCGAUUCCGUAACCGCAAUGCCUUCCUGGAACAAUACAAAAAAGAAGCGCCCUUUGCCGAUGGACUGGGUGAGUUUGACGAAGCGCGGGCGGUGGUCAUGGAUCUCAUUGGCGAGUAUGAGGCGGCCGAAAAGGAGAAUUACUUGGACCCGGAUGCUGGCAAGGCAAACGAACCGGGAGCAUAA